GCUAUCUAGAUGCAGAGAUGGAGGCGUUGAUGACGCAACUCGCGCAAGUGCUUCACAUGAACCAAGGCAAUGGCGAGACUAGUUAUGACAGAAACUCCGCAGUUGGGAGAAAAGCAAUAUCUAUCGCCAAGCCAGUCAUUGAGGAAGCGGUACUAAAAAUCUUGGGGUCAGAUGUCAUGGGAAUAGAGAGCAUGGGGAUAGCAGAUUUGGGUUGCUCAUCUGGACCUAACACCUUCCUACUCAUGUCGCACAUCAUCAAUGUCAUACAUACUAGAUUCCGCACCGGUCUUGAUCAUCCUUCGCCAGUAACGGAGCUUAGAGUGUAUCUAAACGACCUCUUUAGCACCGACUUCAACUCCAUCUUUAUGUCACUCCCAUCCUUCUACACCAAAUUGAAACAAGACUAUGAUAAUGGUCGUGAUUCCUAUCAGCAUCUCAUACAUCCCUUGAUUUCUGCUGUCCCCGGUUCCUUUUACGGUCCGUUGUUUCCCAGAAAGAACAUGCACUUUGUUCACUCAUCUUUUAGUCUUCACUGGCUAUCUCAGAUCUCCGAUGGCCUAAACAACAAAGGAAAGAUAUACAUUUCUAAGAGCAGCCCACAGCGUGUGUUGGAUGCAUACUCCAUGCAGUUUCAGAAAGACUUUUCGGUUUUUCUGAGUUCUAGGGCACAAGAAAUAGUUAACGGAGGACGAAUGGUGUUGUCCUUCCUGGCCAGGCCAUCCACUAAUCCAACAGCCGAACAUGGUAUGUACGUCUUGGAGCUCUUAGCCCACGCGUUAAUGGCCAUGGCUUCCAAUGGACUUAUCAAAGAGGAAAAGGUUGAUUCGUUCAACAUGCCUUGCUACGCUCCAUGUGCAGAGGAGUUGAUAAUGGUGUUGCAGAAAGAAGGGUCCUUCAUCACGGAUCGGCUUGAAGCUUUCGAAGUGGAUUGGGACACUGUUGCUCCUGAUGAUCUCGAUCAUGAUCAAGUUGCAUUUGAUGAUGAUGAUGAUCAAGUAAUAUUUAGUGGCCAGCAGGUCGCCAAUAACAUAAGAGUUGUGACAGAGUCAAUUCUCGAACCUCAUUUUGGAAAAGAGAUGAUGGAUGAUCUAUUCCAGAAAUAUGCAGAGGAAGUCAGUAAGCACUUAUCCAGCUGUGUUACAAGACCCAAGUACACAGUUCUGGUCAUUUCACUCAUUAGAAAUUUUUGA